AAAAUGCCUUGUCACAUAGAAUGCGCUACGUGUCACAAAAAGUUCUUCAAAAUUUCGAAAAUGUCACAAACCAAUUUCGUCCGAAAUUCCAUGUCUAAAAAUCAAACAGUUGAAAAAAAGAAAUCUGUGAAAUCUCAAGACGCCGAUAAAUUGCUAUUUGAAAAAGAGCAAUUGGAACAGGAAAAUCAGGCUUUAAGAAAAGAAAUUGUUUUAUUGAACACAAAAAAUAUGGAUUUGGUCAAACGUUCCGCAUAUACAGAAAGAAAAUUUGUUGAAGAUUUCGCUAAUUUACAAGAACAAGUCAAACUGAACGAGAAGCAGCUGAUAGAGAGCAGCAAGAAGUGUCUAGAACAGCAAAAAUCCUAUGCCGAAGAGGUAAAUUUGGUUAAAAAGUUACGACAGGAAAACGAUACUUUAAAAAAGCUGCACAAAAAAGACGAAUUAAGCAUUCUACAAAGAAUCGGCUGCUUGGAGAACGAAAUCGAGCAGCUGAAGCUGGAGAAUGAAACUUUGAAAGCGCAGAACGAAGACAAUGCGGAAAAAACAACGAAAUACAAGAUGAAACUGAAGCACGCUGUGAAAAUCGUUAACGAACUCAAUCAGUUGGUUUUACAGGGUUGUCACAAGCCGGAAAUAAUGUAUGGUGUGGUUCAAACUGAUAAUGACAAAAGAACCAUAUUGGAGUCUGCCCAAUGUGGAGAUACCAAGAAUAAAGAAUUUGUUAAUUCGGAUGAAUUACUUCUAUCUGACAUAUUUUUUAAACCGAAAUCUUUUGGCGGAAGUGAAUUAGAGUUGUUCAACGGAAAGUCAAGAUCUUCAUAAAGCUUUGUUACACCGAAAAUAUAUGCAUUCAAGUAUUAUAAAUGUUUUAUUCAGAUACUCAGUGACUUACAAAUACCAGACAGAAACUCCGAAGUAUACUUGUUUAUAUAUUCAAGAGUUUUGAGACUUUAAAUUGUUAAUGAAAUUUAGGUCAGACUAUUUAGAACAUC